UUGACUGUACACUUUUGGCCAUUCCUGUCAAAAUGGCUCGUCUACUACCGGUUAAAACUGUCGUUGUUUGUACUGUUUUAUUCGUGGUAUACACGAAUUUUGUAUGUUGUAAUAACGGCAGAAGGGUCGGUGAUGCCUUGGACACUGAGUUCAGUGGUUUCUCUGUGCCUCUUGAACACUCAUUCGAAGUCGAUGAUGUAGCAAAGUUUCGAGGACGAGGAGCACUGGUGUUGAAACCUGGAAGAGAGCCCAGUGUUUCACUAAGUCAGAACCAGCUAUCAGAGGAAGACAGAAGUAAACUGAAGGAAGUGGCUGCAGUGGACGGUCUGUACAGAAUCAGGGUGCCUCGUGUUUUCCUGCAGGCAGACAGACAGACAGAGCGGCAGAUGGAAGGUUACCUCACAGCGUUUGUCAGAGCCUGUGCCAUGGUUGAGUCCCAUCUGAGUGACGCAAUCAGCCUUCAUACUGAUGUCUCUGGGUAUCUCAUCGGUGUCUCUAUAGUAACAAUACCAGGGGCCUGUAGGGGCACUGAGGUUGAGGAUGAAGUUGAUCUUGAGGUUUUCAACACCACGCUCCGUGUCAUGGCCCCUGUUAAUGCACCUGGACCAGAGACGGCUCUGUUCCUUGAACGAAUGGAACAGGAAUCUGAGAAGAAAGCAAAGAAUCCGCAAGAGCAGAAAUCCUUCUUCGCUAAAUAUUGGUAUUUGAUUCUGGGAGGUGCAAUCUUCCUCGUGGCCACCAAUUCGGCACAGCCCCCAGCAGGGGGAGGCAGAGAGCAGAGCUGAUUCCCACUGAAUGGAUGUACAUCGUUCCCCUCGUCCUCUUCUUGAUGAUGUCUGGCGCUCAGGACCAAUCAGGAGGAGGGGCCGGGGGUGGAGCAGGCAACGGCGGUGGCCGAUGAUCAGAACGAAGACAACAUUUUUUGUUUUUGUGAAGAUUUACUGAACAAUAAUUCUCUAGAACAGUUUUUAAUUGCUGUACAUAAUGCUAUUUAAGAAAAUGUCUGUCACACACCUGAAACCUGUACAGUAUAGAGGAGAUGUUGUGCCCUGCAGAUGACUGCAUUUUAAUACUAAUAAAUAAAGUAUUUAUUACUUGAAUACUGGA